AUGAACUGGUCUGAGAUGGAGUUUAACUGGGCACGUGCUAUAAUACUCACAAUCUUGAUAGGAUCGGAUGCCGGUGUAGCCAUUUUCCAGCGGCAUUUCGUGGAUAGGACGGACAAGGUAUCUUAUGUCUCACAUAUCGGUGGUUUCGUCGCGGGCGUUCUCCUAGGCAUCGUACUUCUCCGGAACUUCCGCCGACAUCGAUGGGAGGGUAAUGUGUGGUGGACGGCCCUUGCCGUCUACACCUUCUUCGUUGCCGUCUGCAUCGUUCUUAUAAUCGCUCCGGACUUCAUAAAGUUUUGA